AAUUGUCUAUCGAAUCCAUAGAAUUACCUCCUUGCGACUUCCUAGAGUUUAUCUCCGCAGAAUCGAGUAUUCUACAAUUCUCAAACCGAAAGACGUGUCGCCUCCACAUAGCGGAUUACAGCUGCAAGAGAAUUUCUGGAAAUUUAUGUGACCAAGAUUGGCCUUGCCUCGAAGUCCUUACCGCUCCCGUCUUCCUCAUUUCAAAGCUCCAGGCUGGUUUUCCCCAUUUAAGAGAAAUAAACUUAGAAGACAUGGGCACUGAAGGCAGUGUUACAGAGUUUUUUUGUCAAGUGGCACUCCACCCAGACCUUUGUCCGGUUCUCGAGGCACUAUCCAUUGAUGAGUGUCCAGAGUGGGACAUUUUCUUCAUCAUGCUUGAAAGGCGGCUUUUUUUAGGUGCUGACCGGGCGACUGCAUUCAAAUCUAUAACUUUCUCCUUCGGCACUCCUCUCAGUAUACUCCCCCAUAUUCAUGAAAUUCUUCAAGGACGGUUGCCCAAUCGACCAAGUAACUUCGACUUGUCACGGAUCUCAAAGGUUACGACUCUUUUAGACAGAACAGUGUACGUGCGCAUCGGAUCGAGUCUUGAGAACCAGGGACUGACUUCUUUGCUACAGGCCGGAUUGUGUCGACUGUAUUGA